AUGUGGAUGGAACUGACUUCAGAUAAUGAGAAGUUUUUCAGACCAUCCUAUAUUGCUAGUAUUGAGCCGCCUGAAAGAACAGGACUAGUAAAUGUGGAAGAUAUUAAAGCAGAUCUCUCUGCUGAAUUUUCUUUGGUUUCUUCAAGCUCAGACACAAGCCAGAGCAGUUUGGAGUCUAAGGGACACAUACAAGUUUGCCUGCGAAUUAGGCCACUUACAUUGUUAGAAAGAGAAAAUGAAUUGCAGGACUGCAUUUCACUUGAAGACUCAACAAGCAUCAUACUGAAGCCCCCCAAAAACUCUUUGAGUCGACUAAGUGAAAAAAAUGCUGGACAGACGAUACAGAAAUUCACUUUUUCAAGAGUGUUUGGACCUGAAACGACUCAGGAAGAAUUCUUUGAAGGUACCAUGAAGCAACCAGUGCAAGAUUUCUUAGAUGGAUAUAAUCGUCUUAUUUUUACAUAUGGCGUUACAAAUGCUGGGAAAACCUACACAUUUCAAGGGACAGAAGAUGACAUUGGUAUUCUGCCAAGGACUAUGGAUAUGUUGUUUAAAAGUAUUCAAGGAAAGCUAUACACAGCAAUGGAUCUCAAACCCCAUCGGUGUAGAGAUUAUAUCAAGCUGACUAAAGACCAAGUGAGAGAAGAAACUGCUAUUAAAAAUUCGAUACUUCGCCUAACAAAAGAGGUAGAGGAGCACUUCUUUCUAUACUAAUGAGUACGCACAUCUUUAGAUAGCUCAAUGCCUAUAUUGACUUGUAAUAUUUUGUACUUGACAGAUUUAGAAGAACUCUUAAAAGACUCGGAACAAUCUAGCACAAGUGUGAAAGAUUACAUUAAGUUUUCUGUUUGGGUUUCAUUUUUUGAGAUUUACAAUGAAUGUUUUUACGAUCUACUGAUUCCUAUAUCAAAUGACAAGAAAAGAAAAACACUACGCCUUGCUCAAGAUAUCAAAGGAUGUUCUUACGUAAAAGAUCUGCAGUGGGUUCAGAUUUCUGAUUCUAAAGAAGCUUUUAGACUUCUAAAACUGGGGUUGAAACACCAGAGUAUUGCAAGCACGAAACUUAAUACUUGCUCCAGCAGAAGUCACAGCAUAUUCACAGUUAAGGUAUUAAAAAUUGAAGAUUCAGGAGCACCACGAGUGACCCGAGUCAAUGAAUUGUCAAUGUGUGAUCUUGCUGGUUCAGAAAGAUGUACCAAGACCCGCAAUGAAGGUGAUAGAUUGAAAGAGAGUGGCAAUAUAAACACCUCUCUCCUGAUUCUAGGCAAGUGUAUUAACGCACUCAAGAACUGUCAACAGUCAAAGUUGCAGCAGCACAUACCCUUUCGGGAAAGUAAGUUAACUCAUUUCCUUCAAGGAUUCUUCAGUGGAAAAGGGAAGGUAUACAUGAUAGUAAACAUAAGCCAAUGUGCUUCAGCAUACGAUGAAACACUCAAUGUGCUAAAGUUCUCGGCCAUUGCACAAAAAGUUUUAGUUAUGGACACGUCUAUUCUUCCCCAAGAUCAGUCAUUUGGCCAGAAAUCAGCAACAGAAUCAUCACUACUUAGUGGCACUAAAAUGCCAAUCCCGAGGAAAAGAGCUACUAUCCUAUGGGACAGGAGCUUAGAAGAUGUGAUUGAAGAUGAUGAUGAUGACGAGAUGGAGGAACAGCAUAAUAUGUCAAAAGAAGAAGCAGUGCAGAAACACGAAGAAAAUAAGGUUCUUAUUGGAAAAGAAGAAUAUAUGACACUGCUGAGUCUCAUAAAAGAGUUGAAGAACAAACUUAUUACUGAAAAGAAGAAUAAGUUACUGCUGGAACUAAAAAUUCGUGAAGAAGUGACACAAGAAUUUACCCAAUAUUUUGCUGAGCGGGAAAUGGAUUUCAAAGAGUGCCUUUCUCAUGAAAGAGAACGGCUUGAAGAAAAUUCUGAAAGACGCCUGGAAAUCUUCAAGGAACUUGUAAAUGGUUAUACUGUAAACACAGAUGAAGAAAACAAAUUAAAGCAUCAGCCUUGCCAUGAACAAGCUGGACCUCUGUAUGAAGAAUGCAGCACAGGGCCAGGCACCUACUUUGAUCUUGAGGGCAUUAUUGAUUCUCUGCAGAAUGAUGUCAUUGAUAUCAAAAAGCAGGCAGAAGAAGCACACAGAUACAUUGUGUCCCUAGAGGACCCACAGGAAGCUAUAGGUUGGCUUGAAAAGCAACUGGGAAAAAUUACUACUGAACUAACUAAGACCAAAGAAGAGCUGACAAAGAAAACCAAUGAACUAAUCAGAACUGAAGAAGAGCUGAUGCAGAAAACCAAAGACUUUGAAACGCAGAUGAUUAAAUUGGAUGAGUCUGCUGAGCAGCUUAAAGAAGCAACUGAGAAAAUGAAUACACAGAAUAAAAGGAUUCAAGAACUAAUGGACAUUGUAGAGCAAAAAGAUGAUGUUAUUAUGAGACUACAAGAUUUGAUAUCCCAUUUAGAAGAAACCAUAAAAGACUAUGACAAUACUGUAACUACUAUUAAAAGAAAAUGGACAGAAAAGAACUCUAACAAAGUGAUUGAAAGCAGCCAACUCAAGGAUUGCGAGGAAACUGUGUUGGAAGUGGGAAGAAAACGUUGCUUUGAAAAUAAGCCUACUGUGGAAGAAGAGCCACCUACAAAGAAAGGAGAUAUGAAGGAGAGUAGGGAAGAUGACUCUCUAGAGCAAAAGAGAACUGAAUACGUGAAAAAUACUUCUGAGAACUAUGCAGAAAUACUAGUACUGAAGGAAAGAACUGAAACCUUGGAAGGUCAGCUAGCUGCACUUGAAGAAAAAUGCAGAAGAGAAAAAACCAAAAAAGAAGAGUUCAGUGGGCAGAUAACAAACUUGCAUCUCAAGCUCUCUGCUUCUGAAGAUAGGGCUUCUGGCUUAAGUGAAGAACUUCAGCAGUGUCGAGCUGACUAUCAGGCGAUUGUUUCUGAAUUGGACAAACAGAAAACUAUAAAUAGGGAACAAGAAGAAAAGAUUAUUUGGCUAAAUAAUGAAGUGGAAGGUGCCAAACAAAAUAUAAUUGAUAAAGUGUCACAAAUUAAAACAAUGCGGUCCAAAGUAGAUGAGUUGUAUAAAUGUCACUUAGAGUCUUACGCUAUGGAUAUUGAUCCAGUUAAUCUGAAGGAUUCCUUAGACUCUCAAAAAGAUGAAUCAGCGAGAGCUCAAAUGAGUCCUGUAUGCAUGCAGUCCCAAACUGCUUCUACAGCAGAUCUGAGACGGGAGAGCUCCUUUCACUGCAGUGUUGAAAGCAUUUGGGAAGAAUGCAAAAAUAUUAUUAAGACUUCUUCACAAAAAAGUCAGCGGAUUCAAGAACUACUUCAACAAGUUGAAGACUUAAAGAAGGGACUUGGUGACACCGAGAAUUACAAUAAUCAACUAAAAAUAAAAUUAAAUGAGACUGCAAAUCAAGAUUGUCAGUCCAUAAAGGAAAAAGAUCUUGUGAAUCAGUUACAAGAGCAAAUCCAGAAGAAAACCCAGGAUUUUGAAAAACAGGCUGCAGAAGAUCACAGAGUAAUUGCACAGUUUGAGGAGGAAGUUACCAGCUACAAGGGAAAAAUAAGAGAGCUUGAAUGCCUCUUGGAGGCUUUUAGAGCUAAAGAUGAUAGCAUAACAAAGUUAGAAGAAGUGCUUAAAGAAAAAGAAUCUAUUAGUUUAAAUCUAGAAAGUAGUACAGUAGCUCUGCAAGAGAAAUGUGCCAAUUCAGACAAAAAAAUGAAAGAAUUAAAUGAUCAAGAAGCAAAUCUAAAGGAGGAAGUUGUGCAGUUGAUGAACAGGUUGGAAAACAUGAAACACUCUCUUCAGGAAAAGGAGAAAAAUGAGGAUGAGCAAAUACAAUCUAUAGAAUUGCUACGUAAAGAUCUGUCUGAGAGCUCUGCCCUUGUACAGAGUUUGAAAAAAGAUUUGCAGAGGAAAGAGGAAGAGCAUACGGAUUUGAAAGAGAAAUUUUCUGAUGCCAAGAAACAAAUUCAGCAAGUACAAAAAGAGGUGUGUACAAUGCGAUCUGAGGAGAAAUCCUUGAGGAACAAAGUUAAUGAACUUCAGAAAAUCAAAAACCAGUUUAGUGAAGAAUUGGAGAUCAAACAGCGCACAAUUCUGCAACUUAAAAAGCAGUUGAAUAAUGAGAAGCUGGAAGAAAUCUCCAAACAGUAUGAGAAAACACGUAAAGAUCUGCGAGCAAAGGAAAAAAUAAUUGAAGAUAUGCGGAUGACAUUAGAAGAACAAGAACAGACUCAGACUGAACAAGAUCAAGUGCUUGAAGCCAAAUUAGAAGAGACCAACAGAUUAGUUUUGGAACUGGAAGUAUGGAAGCAGAAAUACAGAGAGCUGAAUAAUCGGAGCAAUAGUGACUGGCAGCAAAAGAUGAGCAAAAAUGAGGAGAAAAACAUAAAUGAAAAUGAGGAAUUAAUAAAGCUGCAAAAAGAACUGAAGGAAAAUGAGGCAAAGUAUCAAACCGAUAGAAAGAAGUGGCUGGAGGAAAGAACGGGACUCAUAAGCCAAGUAAAAGAAGCUGAGAGCCAUCGCAACAGAGAAAUGAGAAAAUUUGCGGAGGACAGAGAACGUCAUGUAGAGCAACAAGCAGAAAUUGAAAGACUUGCUGCACAGCUCGUAGAAAAGGAAAGCAAUCUUCAAAAGUGGCGUGAAGAAAGAGAUACAUUAGUAGAAGCUUUGGAAGUACAGCUCAAGACUUUGGCUUCUAACACCACACAAAAGGAUAAAGAAAUAGCGGAACUGAAACAGGCUGCACGAAAGGAUUCUGGAAAGGACAAUGAAACUGAUAUAGAAGAACUAAGAAAACAGCUGGCUGAGAAAGAUGACUUUAUAAAGGAAUUGAAACAACGCAUUAACCAUGAAAAUCUUCAGUCUUUGGCAGAAUCUAAAACUUGUUUUCUUAAAAUUUCCAUAUGCUUGCAGGACCAUUCAGAAAUUGUCCUUGACUCUUCUGAAGUGUCCACAGAAAAUGGAAAAACUAGUCGGUUCCCAAAACCAGAGAUGGAAAUCCAGUUCACACCUCUGCAACCCAAUAAGAUGGAGGUGAAGCACCAGGGCAGCACCUUACCAGUUACAGUUAAAAUGCUCAAGCCAAGAAAGAAAAGGAAGAGUGAAGAGAUGGAUGAGGAUUUUGUGAAAAGUGAGAACAAGAAAAAUGCAACACCUGCUAUGACUAAUUCACCUUCUACAAGCAACAAAAAAAUGAUGUCUGCUACACACUCAUUUAGAAAAGAAUACCCCUUAAGAAAGCAAGAAUCUACUUCAAGUAAAAAGUCAGCUAAAAAGAAAGAUGGAACACUGCAAAAAAUUGGAGACUUCUUCCAAAGUUCUCCUACUAUUAUUCACUCUAAAGCAAAGAAGCUGAUUGCGACAAUAAGCUCUCCCAAGUCUGCAGAACCAGAAAGCGUCAAAGAAAACGAGCUCAAGCCAAAACGAGCUAAGAGAAAGCUGUAUUCAACUGACAUUUCUUGCCCUCUAGAUAUCCCUGCUUCUUCGAUCUUUAUAGAACAAAAAGAGAAGGAAAGUGAUCAUCUAAUCAUCAAGCGACGGCUACGGUCAAAAACAGCUAAAUAA